AUCAUAUUGCUACAUUCUAGGAUUAAAUGUAUUGCAUAUUUAUUCAGUUUUAGAUUUUUCAACAGCUGUUCCAUCUGAACCAGCAGAAGUCAAUAGAGACGUUAUAUAUGGAACAGUUAUCGGAAUUCUCGCCCUGAUGUUAACUGUUUUUAUCACCUACAUGAUACUGAAGCACCGACAACGUCAAGGAGAUAAUCGAUUGGAUAAAGCUGCUCUGGGGGAAAGGGGAGCGCAACUUAACGAGGCGGUGGAAAUUGAAGGAAGGAAUGAAAACGUUCACACUACGAACCAUCAUGCUGCAAGCCAAUACAUGGCCUUAGUUGAAGUUGCACAGUCCCAAGGAGGAACAAGCCCAGAAAUAUCCCCUUAUUCAGAAAUAAAUGAAUAUGCUCCACUGCACCCGGGAACUCGUUCAUGGGAAGUUCCAAGAGAAAAUAUAAUCAUUGAAAAGAUAAUAGGAAAGGGUGCUUUUGGACAAGUGGCGCAAGGAAAAGCUUCACAGCUUCGAGGGAGAGAAGAAACAAUUACAGUGGCGAUCAAAAUGUUAAAAGAUAACGCUACAGAGAAAGAAAGAAAUGAUUUGCUGUCAGAACUUGAAGUGAUGAAGAAACUCAGGCCUCAUCGUCAUGUCAUCAAACUGCUGGGAUGUGUCACGGAAUCUGAUCCCUUGCUUGUCGUUAUUGAAUAUGUCCCGUAUGGUGAUCUCCUGGGUUACUUAAGGAAGAGCCGUGGAUUGAAUGACAUGUAUUUCAAAGACCCGGACGUCAAGCCGCAAACAAGUCUGACGUCACAGCAGUUAAUCAAGUUUUCCUGGCAAGUAGCUGACGGGAUGCGUUAUUUGUCUUCAAGAAAUAUCAUUCACCGCGACCUUGCCGCUCGAAACGUCUUGGUUGGGGAACAGGAGAUUUGCAAAGUAACCGACUUUGGAAUGGCCAGAGACGUGAACCAGGAAAACAUCUACGAAACGAAAACAAAGAGCCGACUCCCAGUUAAAUGGACUGCUUACGAGGCACUCUUGUUUGGACGAUACACUACAAAAAGUGAUGUGUAA